UCCCUCUCCAGCUCCCUCCUCCCUCCCGCCUCCCCAGCUGUCCCGUUCGCGUCAUGCCGAGCCUCCCGGCCCCGCCGGCCCCGCUGCUGCUCCUCGGGCUGCUGCUGCUCUGCUCCCGGCCAGCCCGCGGCGCCGGCCCCGAGCACCCAGCGCUGCCCAUCCGGCCCGAGAAGGAGCCGCUGCCCAUUCGGGGAGCAGCAGGCUGCUCCUUCGGCGGGAAGGUCUAUGCCUUGGACGAGACGUGGCACCCGGACCUGGGGGAGCCCUUCGGGGUGAUGCGCUGCGUGUUGUGUGCCUGCGAGGCGCCUCAGUGGGGUCGCCGCGCAAGGGGCGCGGGCAGGGUCAGCUGCAAGAACAUCAAACCUGAGUGCCCAACCCUGGCCUGCGGGCAGCCGCGCCAGCUGCCCGGACACUGCUGCCAGACCUGCCCCCAGGAGCGCAGCGGUCUGGAAAAGCAGCCGACGGGCCUGGCCUUCGAGUAUCCGCGGGACCCAGAGCACCGAAGCUACAGCGACCGCGGGGAGCCCGGAGCUGAGGAUCGGGGGCGUGGAGACGGCCACACGGACUUCGUGGCGCUGCUGACAGGGCCAAGGUCGCAAGCGGUGGCACGGGCCCGAGUGUCACUGCUGCGCUCUAGUCUGCGGUUCUCCAUCUCCUACCGGCGGCUGGACCGCCCUUCCCGAAUCCGCUUCUCAGACUCCACUGGCAGCAUCCUGUUUGAACACCCUGCAGCCCCUACCCAAGAUGGCCUGGUCUGUGGUGUGUGGCGAGCAGUGCCUCGGUUGUCUCUGCGGCUCCUCAGGGCAGAACAGCUGCAUGUGGCACUUGUGACACCCAGUCACCCUUCAGGGGAGGUCUGGGGGCCUCUCAUCCGGCAUCGGGCCCUGGCCGCAGAGACCUUCAGUGCCAUCCUGACCCUGGAAGGCCCCCCACAGCAGGGCAUAGGGGGCAUUGCCCUCCUCACGCUCAGUGACACAGAGGACUCCUUGCAUUUUUUGCUGCUCUUCCGUGGGCUGCUGGAAGCCAGGAGUGGGGGACCAGCCCAGGUUCCCUUGCGGCUCCAGAUUCUACACCAGGGGAAGCUACUACGAGAGCUCCAGGCCAAUGCCUCAGCCCAGGAGCCAGGCUUUGCUGAAGUGCUGCCCAACCUGACAGCCCAGGAGAUGGACUGGCUGGUGCUGGGGGAGCUGCAGAUGGCCCUGGAGAGGGCAAGUGGGCCAGGGCUGCGCAUCAGUGGACACAUUGCUGCCAGGCAGAGCUGUGAUGUUCUGCAAAGUGUCCUUUGUGGGGCCGAUGCCCUGAUCCCCGUUCAGACAGGUGCAGCCGGCUCAGCCAGCCUUACACUACUAGGAAACGGCUCCCUGAUCUACCAAGUACAGGUGGUAGGUACAGGCAGCGAGGUGGUGGCCAUGACGCUGGAGACCAAGCCUCAGCGGAGGAACCAGCACACUGUCCUGUGCCACAUGGCUGGACUCCAGCCGGGAGGAUACAUGGCUGUGGGUGUCUGCCUUGGGCUGGGUGCCCGGGGGGCUCAUAUGCUGCUGCAGAAUGAGCUGUUCCUGAACGUGGGCACCAAGGACUUCCCAGAUGGAGAGCUGCGGGGGCACGUGGCUGCCCUGCCCUACAGUGGGCACAGCGCCCGCCAUGAUACACUACCUGUGCCCCUGGCAGGAGCCCUGGUGUUGCCCCCCGUGCAGAGCCAGGCAGCAGGGCAUGCCUGGCUCUCCCUGGAUACCCACUGUCACCUGCACUAUGAAGUGCUGCUGGCUGGGCUUGGUGGCUCAGAACAGGGCACCAUCACUGCCCACCUCCUCGGGCCUCCUGGGAUGCCAGGGCCCCGGCGGCUGCUGAAGGGAUUCUAUGGCCCAGAGGCCCAGGGCGUGGUGAAGGAUCUGGAGCCUGAGCUGCUGCGGCACCUGGCACAGGGCUCUGCCUCCUUGCUGAUCACCACCAAGGGUAGCCCCCAAGGGGAGCUGCAAGGGCAGGUGCACAUCACCAACCAGUGCGAGGCGGGCGGCCUGCGCCUGGCGGCAGCAGGGGCCGAAGAAGUGCGGGUGCCCGGGGCUCUGGAUGCCGUGGUGGCCGAGGCGGCUGCGCUGCCCGCUGUGUUGGGCCCAGACGCCCCAGCGCCAGCCAAACCUGGUGGCCCCGGGCGGCUCCGAGACCCCAACACCUGCUUCUUUGAGGGGCAGCAGCGCCCCCAUGGGGCUCGCUGGGCUCCUAACUAUGACCCGCUCUGCUCGCUCUGCACCUGCCAGAGACGCACGGUGAUCUGUGACCCCAUGGUGUGCCCGCCACCCAGCUGCCCAAGCCCGGUGCAGGCGCCGGACCAGUGCUGCCCUGUGUGCCUGGAGAAGCAAGAUGUCGGAGACCUGCCGGGGCUGCCGAAGAACAGGGACCCUGGAGAGGGCUGCUAUUUUGAUGGCGACCGGAGCUGGCGGGCAGCGGGCACCCGGUGGCACCCUGUCGUGCCCCCAUUUGGCUUAAUUAAGUGCGCUGUCUGCACCUGCAAGGGGGGCACUGGAGAGGUGCACUGUGAGAAGGUGCAGUGUCCCCGGCUGGCCUGUGCCCAGCCUGUCCGUGCCAACCCCACUGACUGCUGCAAACAGUGUCCAGUGGGGUCAGGGGCCCACCCCCAGCUGGGGGACCCCAUGCAGGCUGAUGGGCCCCGGGGCUGCCGUUUUGCAGGGCAGUGGUUCCCGGAGAGCCAGAGCUGGCACCCUUCGGUGCCCCCCUUUGGGGAGAUGAGCUGCAUCACCUGCAGAUGUGGGCAGUUGCAGACACCAGGACAGUUCCAGAGCUGGAGAAAGAAGCUGAAGGCUCCUAGGGAGCAGCCAGAAGGCCGCGUGACCAAGAGGAUGGGGCCUGGGCUGGGGGAGGAGGGGCGCCGAGGACCCCGCAUUCUCCUGUGGGAAAUCCAGUGCCUUUGGCCCCUCUUUUCUGCCUCUUCUCCCUCCCCCACUACCUCUGGGAACCACAACUCCACAAGGGGGAGGGGUAGCCAGGGCCGACCAAUGCCAUGUCCACUCCAGCUUCGGCCUUGUCACCCUCUCGCCUCUGCCUUGGAAGCCCAACCCCUUUCCUUCUGUACAUAAUGUCACUGGCUUGUUGGGAUUUUUAAUUUAUCCUCACUCAGCACCAAGGGUCCCCCCACUUCACUCCUGCUGCCCCUGAGCUGAGCAGAGUCAUUAUUGGAGAUUUUUGUAUUUAUUAAAACUUUUUUUUCCAGUC